AUGAAAAACCCACCUCGAAAUAUGUCGAAAUCUCUCCAUUUCUUCACCUUUCUUUUCUUCUUCACCUUACCCUUUUUUCAUGGCAAUGCACAAAAUGUUACAGCUCAAGAACAAACCAUUCUUCUUCAACUCAAAAGCUACUGGUCCAGUUUAACCAGCAUCACUCACUGGAUUCCGUCAUCCGACCACUGCACGUGGCCUGAGAUCACGUGCACCGAUGGUCGGGUUACGAAACUUGAGAUCAUCAAUAACAACAUUAGUGAAACAAUCCCAACAUUUAUUUGUGACCUUAAAAACCUGUCCUACAUUGAUCUUCACCUGAAUUUCAUCCCUGGAUCCUUUCCUGUAGUUCUUUAUAACUGUUCCAAUCUCGAAUAUUUAGACCUUCAACAAAAUUAUCUUGUCGGAAGAAUUCCUGAUGACAUUAACCGGCUUUCGCCCCGGCUUCAGGUUCUUAACUUGAGUGGCAACAAUUUCACUGGUGAUAUCCCUGCAUCCAUUGGGAGCUUCCCAGAACUCAAAAGUCUUCAGCUUUCUUCCAACUUGUUCAACGGUUCUAUUCCGUCAGAAAUUGGCAAUCUUUCCAAUCUCGAAGAAUUAUAUUUGAACUUCAACCCAUUCUUACCACAAGAAAUACCACCAAGUUUCACAAAGUUGAAGGAAUUGAGAAAUCUUUGGAUGUAUAAAACAAAUUUGAUAGGAGAAAUCCCGGAAAGUGUUGGGAAUUUGUCAGCUUUAGAAGUCCUGGAUUUGUCUGAAAAUGGUUUAAGUGGCAGCAUCCCAAAUUCUCUGUUUCUUCUCAAGAACUUGACUGUUGUGUAUCUGUUCAAAAACAGGCUAUCGGGACCAAUUCCUCAGGCUGUUGAGGCCUUGAAUUUGGAGGAAAUUGAUCUUUCCAACAAUACCUUGACAGGGACGAUACCAGAUGAUUUCGAAAAGCUGACAAAACUUACCGGUUUGGCUUUGUUUUUCAAUCAAUUAUCUGGCGAAGUUCCGUUAGGUAUCGGUAGAUUGCCAUCUCUGAUAAACAUUGGACUCUGGGGUAAUAAUCUUACAGGUGAAUUGCCACCAGAUUUUGGGUUAUACUCUAGAUUGGAAAGAUUUCAAGUUUCGUCUAACCAUUUUGUUGGGACGUUACCAAAGAAUUUGUGUGCUAAUAAGGUCCUCAUAGGUGUGGUUGUCUUCGACAACAAUUUGACAGGUGAAUUGCCAAAUUCUCUAGGGAAUUGUAACAGUUUGAAGGUUGUUCGGGUUUAUGGAAACCGAUUUUCUGGUAAUAUUCCAGGAGGGCUAUGGACGUCAUUGAACUUAACUACACUGAUGAUAAGCGAUAACUUGUUUACUGGUCAGCUCCCGGAUACAGUAGGGCCUAACUUGUCUCUGCUCGAGAUACAUAACAACCAGUUUUUGGGUGAAAUUCCAGCAGGGAUAUCUUCUUGGGAGAACUUGACGGUGUUUAAGGCAAGUAACAACUUGCUUACUGGUAAAAUUCCUCAAGGAUUGACUGCCCUUCCAUUGCUGUCAAGUAUUUUGCUGGAUGGAAAUCAACUUUCUGGAAAUCUUCCAUCAUCUAUAAUCUCGUGGAAAUCUUUAACAACUUUGAAUCUCAGUCGAAACCAAUUAUCUGGCGAAAUUCCUGCAGUUAUCGGGCUUUUGCCUGACCUCGUGUAUUUGGAUUUGUCAGCAAACAACUUUUCUGGCUCGAUCCCAUCUGAAAUCGGCCUUUUGAGGCUAUCUUCACUCAAUCUCUCUUCAAAUCAGCUCUCCGGGAGAAUCCCGGGUGAAUUUGAAAAUGCAGUUUAUGAUAGCAGUUUUAGGAAUAAUCCAAGACUCUGCGCAAGCAAUCGAGCAUUAGGCCUCAGCAGUUGUCAGGCUGCACCUGCCAGAAAAUCGAACAAACUUUCAUCCCAUUUAAUUGCUGCAGUCUCAAGUAUUUCAGCAGUUGCAUUUUUAGGGGUUUUCGUAUACACGAUCUUCAUUGUUAGAGCUAACAGGAGUAGAAAGAGCGAUUUGGAGUCGACUUGGAAAUUUACUUCAUUCCAGAGAUUGAAUUUCACAGAAUCAACCAUUUUAUCUGGUUUAACAGAGAACAACAUAAUUGGAAGAGGAGGAUCAGGAACAGUUUUCCGGAUUCCCAUAAAUCGUUCUGGUGCAUACGUUGCUGUUAAGAGGAUUUGGAACAAUGUGAAGUUGGAUCAGAAACUCGAGAAAGAAUUUCUAUCAGAAGUUCAAAUUCUCGGCACCAUAAGGCACUCCAACAUAGUGAAACUUCUAUGUUGCUUUUCAAGUCAGAAUUCGAAGCUUCUGGUAUACGAGUAUAUGGAAAAUCAUAGUCUCGACAGAUGGCUUCGUGGCAAGAAUCGACCAUCCACAAUCUCAGGUUCAGUUCAUCAUGUGGUUUUAGACUGGCCCAAGAGGCUACAAAUAGCAAUUGAUUUUGGCCUAGCAAGAAUGUUGAUCAAGCAAGGAGAACCUGACACGAUGUCUAGUGUGGCAGGAUCAUUUGGUUAUAUAGCUCCAGAGUAUGCACAUACAAGAAGAGUGAACGAGAAGAUUGAUGUUUAUGGCUUCGGAGUGAUCCUUUUGGAACUAGUGACCGGAAGGGAAGCUCGUGAUGGAGACGAGAGGUCAUCUCUGGCAGAAUGGGCGUGGUGUCACAUUAUGGAAGGUAGACCUGUAGUCGAGGUCAUGGACGAGGAUAUCAAGGAACCCCAUUACUUGGAUGAGAUAAGCAGUGUAUUCAAACUUGGGGUUCUCUGCACUGGAAAACUUCCUUCGAGUAGGCCUACGAUGAAGGAGGUUUUGAAAAUCUUGCUCCAAUAUAGCCAUUCGUCGCUGCACGGAGAAGAAAAGAUGAAUAGAAACGAGUAUGAUGUUGCUCCUCUCCUCCAGAACUCAAAGCCCGAGAGGAAACUCGAAGCAGAGGACGGUGUUUAA